UACUACAAUAUGUACAUAUACAAUUCAAAAAUUCAAGCAGUAAUUAGACUGCUCUUUCCACAGAUUUAAUGAAGAAGAACCAUCGACUGAUGGAAUAGUGUUGACCACUGCUUUUCAAACUACUGAUAUAAGUAGUGUGUGGAAAGAGGCAGAGGACAUGGACGAAUGUGAUCGGAUCAAAGGUAUAUUUGAUAAUGCAUUAGAAAGUAAAGUUGCUGAGAAACUGAAACAAAAAGGAAGCCAAGUAGAGGCAGCUGAACCAGUACAGGCAUCAGCAGGAAAGUCAACACCUGUACCUCCACUUGUACACGCCCCUAAAAAAUCAAAUGUCUUUGUACAUGUAUUUCAGCGGUUAACUAAAAAAGAUGGUCGCAGGAAACCAGUUACCUCCUCUACACCUGUAUUGCCAUCUGUGCCUGUUCCAGUUGAGAGAAAAGUCAGUGACCCAAGUCAAGCACAGCUGCCAUCAGAAAGGCAAAAAAGAAUAAUUGACAGAAUGAUUGGAAAUGCCUCUGCAUCAACUAGUAAUGAGGACAUGACUUACAUUUGGGACUUUGCUGGCCA